UUCCCGAGUUACAAACAGGGCUUCCGAGAAGGUUGGGGAGUUUUUCUGAGUUUUCAGCCAUGUUUCAGUUCCUCGCCAUUCUCGUUGUGGGUUUGAUGGUCUGCCCUCGAGUCUUCGCCCAGACAGGUUGUCAGGCCACCCACCGGGAUGUUCUGGGCCCGUACUACCUACACGGCGUACCGUACCAGCGGGUUGUGUGCCACGGAGGUCCCUAUCUACUGGUCAAGGGAACGGUGAGAGACACCACGUGUUCCGUGGUUGCCGGGGCAACAGUGGAGGUUUGGCAGGCCGACUCCAGCGGACGUUACUACAUGGACACCCGGAGGCUGAACUUCUGCCGCGGGAAGGUCACGACCGAUCCCCAGGGGAGGUACAGCUUCAUCACCAUCAUGCCGGGAAAGUACGGCUGGGGCUGGUACACCCGUCCUGCGCAUGUACACUUCAGGCUGACAGCCCCGGGUCGGCGGACCCUGGUGACCCAGAUGUACUUCUCCGGGGACAGCAGCCUGGGUGACCACGACCCAUGCGGGUUCUGUGGGUCAGAGAACCCCAGUCAGGUGGCCGAGCCCCGGACCCCUAGCGGGGCAGAGGGGAACUACACGGUGGCAGGCACUACCUACACCGUCAGUGAGGUGGCGGAGUGGGACAUCGUUUUGUACUAAGAAACUGAAUUUUAUUGUUUA